GGCUAUAAUUUAUAAGCAAACGAUUCUGGCGAGCGGCGCUGCUCGACCGCGGCCGGCUGAAAAUACACAUCGCGGCGGUGGUGAGUCAGUCUCAGUCUGUUUGUGCGAGUUCGAGUGUUCACUUUGUGGUGUAUUGGCAAAAUAGAAUUCCGGCAAAAUGUUGAUGGUAAGCGGGAUCAGAACGAAGAGGUGGAAAAUGAGAUUUUCAUACAGAUUAACGCGUAAAUGGCAACGAACGGUACCCAAAAGUGAAAAACGCGGUUUUCAAAGUGUUGAUGCGUAGUUCCAAGGGUGACCCCACCCUAAAAUCCUGAGUAGAAAGUGAAGGUUUACAUCGAAUGUUCGUACAAAUUCAGCUACUAGCCAGAAAAACGCUAACCACGACCUCAAUGAUUGAACAGUGCAACACCAUGCAGGUAUCGGUCCUAGCAACGACCACCGAUCCAUCGCAGUUCGCUGAUGUGGUGCGGCAAGGCGUUCCAAUGGAUUUGACGUGUGUUCGAGCGGUGCCAGAGGUGCUGAAAGCGUUGAACAUCAACAUCCCGACUUUGUUGAUCAACGUACAUGUAGACGGAUCAACGCCAUACAGAUUCGGUACAUUGCAAAACAGUUCCGGAGAUGACGGCUUGGUGAUCGACUUGGUACUUCGCGACAACCAUUACGAGGUGCGAGGAUUGCCGAAAGAGGACCAAAGUUCGCACGAUACGUCCGAAGACAACAAUUGUCUCUAUGAUGCGUUGGUCCGGGUGAUUCCACAGCUUACGGAUGCCACUGGGCCUGAAUUUCGCCGAAAGCUAGCUGACUGCAUCGAAACCAAUCCGGAUAUUCGACGACACAUCCAACUCGGCAAACACCAAACACUUCUGCAGGGCGGGGUCUAUGGUGGUUUGCCUCCUAGCCGUAGAAGUUCGAAUUCUAUUCACGAAGACCCUACCAACGAGACUCCUUGUGCGAAACAUUUAGUGGACCGGUUUGAAGCCAUAUUCCUUAUGGCUGGCAUAAUUCAAUACUGUUCCGAAUCCAUGGGAAUACCUCGAGAUGAAGUUUUGUGCACAGGUGCAAGUCUACAGCAAGACCGAAACAGUGCUGAUCCCUACCUGCAUGCUGCACAUGUCACGAGAAUGCAGAUAUCGGCGAGAGUAGAAGCCAUGAAACAUUCACACCCGGUCUUGUAUGAAUACCUAACGACUCUCCUGGGAUACACUCAACUCGUGGAGAUAUGGGCAAAUAUGUGGGGCGGUGUGGGGCAAGACAUCGACUUGAUACAAGGGGAUCUAAUAAGUCUGUUGGAAGUGAUAGAUUUCAAUCAAAAUCCACCAACUCUCGUACAAAACUAUUCAUUGGCGAAAUUGAAGAAACUUGUUGAGAAGAUCAACGCCCAACUUCAACGCAGGAAUAAAAAUGCAACAGUAAUUACCCUACCGGACACUAUCACAGCUACUUCAAUUGCUGAAAUCUGUAGACAAGCCUAUACCGCAGUUCUGCAAUAUUGGAUCGAUCACAAGCAAAAGAAAAUCGAUGACGCAAUUUUCAACGAAAACAAAAUAAACAGACAGGAAUUCGUCGACGGUCAGCUAGUGACUUAUGAUGUCAUUCAUGCGCUCCAUGAUGCUCGGGAUUGCAUCAGAAAAAAGGAUAAAAACAAGUUGUUGAAGCCAUCAAAUGCUGAGGAAUUUAUACUACGAAUGAAGCAACACUGCACCGAACAUAAAGAUAACCACUUCGUAAGAGAUGAUUAUGAAGAUCCUGGUGAUGCUGGUGCCGCAAGAUGUAGCAAACGUUCCAAAGCAAGGAAAACCAAGGAAAAAGCAGCAUCCGAGAAAAGAAAAAAUCGAGAGAAGUGUGCAAAGACGGCACAGGUAAUGUACGAGCGGCCUGCAGAAACCAACAUGACGGCGACGGUUGUUGGGGUAGGAUUGAUAGCGUUAGGAUUGUGUGGCCUGGGAGUGGUUGCUGGAGCAGCGAUAAUAGCAGCGACAGCAACAACAGCAGCAGUAGGAACUGCGGCGGCGGCCGGAACUGCCGCAGCAGCAACGACGGCCACAGCAGGAACAGCGGCAGCAGCAGCAGCGGGAACUGUGGCAGCAGCAACGACGGCCACAGCAGGAACGGCCGCAGUAGCAGCAACAACGACGGCAGCUGCAACGCAUGCAAUAACAGUGAAGGCAGCUGUAACGACAGCAGCGGCAGCAACAAUGGCGGCAUUAGCAGCUGUAGUUUGAUAGAUUUAUGGGCAUAUAGUCUAGUCACCACUGGUCCGAAACACGAGCUGACAGAAACGCUCGGAGAAGAAAAAUAAGAAGAAAUGUGGUGUAUUAGUGUUUUGUAACGUUGGAAGAGGAGAAGGAGAUGAUAUAUGUUUAUUAAUUAAGAAAGUACCUUCAAUCAAAUAAAAAGUGCGGAUCAUAUUGCA